AUGCCCGGUCUUGGACUUUGCCCCGCGUUAUCGCCAUUACUGUGGACACCGCGCGACAGUUCCGAUAUCUCCGGAGAGAGAAGCGUUAUCGGUGUGUCGCCGACGGUCUCUUCCCCGCUGCAUGCAGUCCGACGCAGUGCCUCUUGUCGCGAAGUCACCGUUCCUGCCGCUUUUUCUCAGCCGUCUUGGCAAUCAUCGUAUUAUUGUUACCUACGCGAACUGGCGUGCCGUCGUCGUUCAAUAACGCACGCCAUCUUGGCUUGUCCAAGCGCCCUAGCUGUCUGUGCUUUCUGUUCCGUGUCGUGCCCCUCGUUGCACACACAAAUCGCGUUUUGUAGCCGCCCGUGCCAAAACCUCAUUGUGUCUUAA